AGUCGCUCUGUAUCAUUUACCAUUGGCUAACUUUAUACAGAAGUGUGAUACUUGGACAAAGCUUGGUUGUUCUCAGCCCUAUAGAUUAACGUAGCCAACGGACUCCAUUCACGAGAAUGUCACUAAGGGACCAGAAUGCUAUCGUUACAGGGGCGUCUAUGGGAAUCGGAAGAGAGAUCGCCAAAAGCCUCGCCGCCGAAGGGUGUAAUGUGGUCUUAUUCGCUCGAACAGCGGAGAAACUUGAGGAUCUGACUGCCGAAAUCCAAAAGACUGCAACCUCAAAGGUGAUCUACAGAUCCGUCGACGUACAGCAAUACGACUCUGUCAAAGCCGGGGUAGAUUCUGCGGUCAACGAGCUUGGUGAAAUUGACAUUCUCGUGAACAAUGCUGGCCUCGCCCUGGGAGCCCCAAACCGGUUCCACGAACUCUCGAUCGACCAGAUUGUUCAGAUGAACGGGACCAACAUGAACGGAUAUAUGUUCGCUGCGUAUGCGGUUUUAAAUGCUUCUAUGGCGAAACGUAAGACUGGCACGAUUUUGAACGUCUCGUCCACAACCGCGCUCGAGGCCCCUCCCUUUCCUGGAGAAGCGGUCUAUCACUCCAACAAGGCUUUCCAAGAAGGCUUCAGCAAUUCUCUGAGAAAUGAACUGUGCGGAACGAAUAUCAGGGUGCUUGUGUUGCGGCCAGGUGUUGUUGCCACGAACUUUCACGAGCAGCGAGUCGGAUAUGACAAAGACUCGUACGAUAAUUUCAUGCAGGGGUUCCAGCCUUUGACACCAGACCAGAUUGCUCCGCACGCGAUUUGGAUGCUAAAGCAGCCAAACGGAUGUUCCGUCAAGGCUCUGGAUGUUAUACCGACGGCACAAAGAUCUUUGAAUGUGUUUGACCGAGAGUGGAACUCUCGACACUCGUAGAGCCUGAUGCAUAUGAACCCAGACGAGUCCCCAGAUAUUGAGAGUAUCUUUUAUCAUGACACUAUUGCGAAUGAAGACCCAAAACCAUUCCUAGGAAAGUCGUAUGCGGCAUAUGGUGAUAUGCGAAAGCGGAUUUGUACGAGGUCUGUGAUUGGUCAGGAUCGCCACGCUUCAUGCCACUAAUCACGUUUGAAAGGCGAAAUCAAAUCGAAAAUAUGAACAAAGGAGGUGCUUUGUGUUUCUUAUAUUACUGCCGGUCUGUUUAAAGUCGGGUAUAUAAUUCGUG